AAACUAGGCUCAUGUAAUCCUUUUGGUUUCUGGCCAAGUUUACCUCGUUAACAAGGACCACGGGCUCUAUUCUUGAAUAGUAUCGCAUACGUAAAACUAGGGAAAUAUUACCUUUGAAAGUAUAUCUUUAAAAUGAAAAUAUCGGUAAAGCUGUACACUCAUUGGAUAUCGCAUGUCACACGUGACGAAUAUCGCUCUGGUGUGCCAGAGCCAUAAUCCUUCCACCAUGAUCUGAACAUAACCUUGGAUCGGUGGCGCAAUCAGGUUUUAGAUGGGUGUUUCAAAUUUUGAUGCUGACAACACAUAAUAUUUUAUGCAAUAUCUUAUAUAUUAAUGCUGAAUAUAAAGUAAAUUUGCUUCUGUUUCGUUAAUUUAUUGUCAUCAAUCAUCACGAUCAUUUACAAUCAAAAUAAUAGGUCAUAAUGGAUAAAGAAGAAAUAUGUCAAUACUUCAACAGCAUUAUAAAAAAUGAGAAAGAUGUUUCUGCUGGCAUGGCUGCCAUUCGCACCUUAUUAAAAGUAUUAAAACAUUCUAAAUCAGAGACAGUUCAGGAGCUUCGAAUUUGCUUACAGCAUGCAAUUGACGCUAUGCGCUCCACAGAAACUCCGGUCACCGCAAUUGCUUCAGGAAGUGAAUUGUUUCUCCGUUUCAUCACAUUAGCGACAUUGGAUACAUCUUCAAUCGCAGAAUGCAAAGGGAUCAUGUUGGAAAGAGGAAAAGUAUUCUAUGAGAAAUUAGUUGCAGCUCGAGGAAAAGUAGCCAAGGUUGCAGCACACUUUAUUACUGAUGGCUCGACUAUACUUACGCAUUCAAAAUCAAGAGUAGUGCUGCAAGCAAUGAAGGAAGCUGCUGCAAAUAAUAAAAUAUUUGAAGUAUAUGUCACAUCAACAUCACCUGACAAUAAUGGAGAAGAGAUGUGCCAGAGCUUAACAAAGUUGGGAAUAUCGUGUACAGUGAUACUAGACUCUGCAGUAGGAUAUGUGAUGGAACACAUAGAUAUGGUAAUGGUUGGAGCAGAAGGUGUUGCAGAAAGUGGUGGUGUGAUUAAUAAGAUAGGUACAUAUACAAUGGCUAUGUGUGCAAAAGAGGUGAAAAAACCAUUUUAUGUACUGACAGAAAGCUUCAAAUUUUCGAGAAUCUAUCCUUUAAAUCAAGUAGAUUUACCUAAUGAAUUUAAGUAUACAUAUAGUGUACUUUUAAGUAAGAAUUUGAAAAAGGAGCACCCCUUGGUAGAUUAUACUCCACCUCACUACAUCAGUUUGUUGUUCACGGACUUGGGAAUUCUAACACCAUCAGCUGUUAGUGAUGAACUCAUAAAAUUAUACUUAUAAUUUGGAGGCUUUUCUGAGUGAUAACGUCGAUAUGUUCUGGCCCCCCAGAUUUAAAUCCUUUGGACUACUACAUAUGGAGCGUAGUUAAAAGAAUCACAAACAAGUCUGGGCAUCCCAAUGUGGCGUCAUUAAGGAUCACUAUUGAAACAGCAUACGUCGGCAUGGAUAACGCUACAUUACAGCGUGCAUGCGAACGCUUCAGGUCGAGAAUAGAAACCGCCAUUCAAACUAAUGAGGAAUAUAUCGAAUAAUUGUGCUCUAUAGAGAUCCUCCAAGUGCCAAGGAUUUUUUGUAAUAUUUAAUUUUUCAUUAAAAACAUUUUGUUUAAAGAAAUUGUUCG